AUCUUACUCCCCUCUAACAAAAAAGAAAAGAAAAGAAAAGGAGGAACAGAGAUUAGGGGGCAACAAAAAACAGAGAGGAAGAACAACAUCCCCUCACCCUUUAGAAACAUAAAGGUUGUUGGGUCUCUUUCCUUUUCCUCAGAUGUCUAUGCAUUUUUGUGUGGUCACUGUACAUCUCCUAACCGAUGCAUAAUUCACCUCUCCUGCGCGCAUAAUGGGAGCUCUCGGUGGGGUUGCAGUAAUGUGGUUUGGUUUUGGUAGCAUAUGAGUUGGAAUAAGUCUGAAGUGGGCUGUCCCCUGGAGCUACAGGAGAGAUGCUCUCUACGCAUCUACUAGAGACAUAUGGCCCCAAACAGAGCUGUGCGAUCCCUUUGUUUUCGCCAAUAAUAAGAGAUUAUACGUUGCUGGGUGGAGGUUUCUGGGGCAAGUGUUGGAAGGAUGUCCCAUUCAUCAUCACCCAAGGAGGCACUUCCGAUGCUUGUUUUGAGCCUCAGCAGAGCUUGCGUUGUGUAGAAAUACACAUAACACUUCAACACACCACCAUUCAACCCCUGAACUAAUUAAUAAGCCUCGGCAGAGCUCUGUUUUCCAACACUCAGUAGCUGUAGGUGCUAGUCUGAGAGGGUGAGCAAUGUCGGCCAAGUUUCUACACGCAUUCGGCGAUGAGAACCGAGACUUGCAGAGGCAGAUUGGGUGCAUGACCGGCAUCUUUCAGCUGUUCGACCGCCAAUCUCUCCUCGCCGGAGGACGCCUUAACGGAAAUCCCCAUCCCCAUCCCCAUAGAAGACUAACUUCAGGACGAAUUCUCUUAAACAGCGCGAGUGUAGGGGCGCAGCGAGCCGCAUGUUCUCCACAAAUGCCUUUCGAGAAAACCCUCUGCAAGAGCUGGAAUGAGAAUCAAAGAGUUUCACUGGAGUCAUUACGAACGACGUCUUUCUCGUCGUCGUCUUCCUCAUCAUCCUCGUCGCUUGAAUACAAGUCGCCACAACAAGAGCUUACCUCCGUCGACCGAAUCGUAUUCCCAGACAAGCCCAUAAAGAGUCUGCCGAAAGAGAAGAAUUCCGAACCGAGUGUUGGACCAGCUCAAUCUGUUCGACAGCCCGUCGGCCGCCGAGACGUUGAUGUUGUAAGGGAUUCGAUGUAUAAAGACGCCGUCCGUAGCUUAUCUAUUAAAACUUCAACCAGGGAGGAAGUGAAGAGCCAUCUAAAGAACUACAAGGACUCCCCGAGGCCGAUGCAGCUUUCUACCAUGUCAGCAAAUGACUAUCACAGCGGAAAAUCCCCGGCGGGCACGGAUCUUGACGAAUCCCUGCGAGUGUUGGUCAGGCUCAAAGAAGCGCCUUGGAACAAUUUCUCUGAAGCCAGCCAACCAGCCAGACUGUCUUACGACGCAAGAGAUACUUCCUCCCUAUUACCGCAGGACCGCCCUCGCUUCUCAUGCGAUGGGAGGGAGGCUUCAUCGAGGCUAAGAGAGCUCGCAAGAUUAUCAUUAGAUGGCAGAGAUGGUUGCUUAAGGAAUGCAAACUUAGAAUCGAAACAUAACCCGGUUCUGACGGAUUUAGAGAGAAGCGGCAUGAAUCUGCAACAAGAACUGCAGAGUAACAAGCGGCCUCCUAGCAUUGUGGCAAAACUCAUGGGUUUGGAAGGAAUGCCAAACUCAAAUUUGGUUCAAGUCGGUGCUGAUGAAAGUUCCGAGACACAAAGGGGAGACCAAAAUAUUGAUAUGACGACGAAUACAUCUCAAGUGAGUCAAGAAAGAAAGCAACAUCAGACAAAACAGUCGGAAAAGACCUUCCCCAACAGGCCUAUGUCUAACUCUCAACUCCCAAUUGAAACAGCUCCCUGGAAGCAGCAAGACCGGGCCCGUAUUUCCCAGAAAACACCAUUUCGGUUGCGAGAAGCUCACAUAAAGCAGCAGCAGCAUGUGUCGGUUUACUCUGACAUAGAGAACAGGCUCAAAGAGCUAGAAUUCCAGCAGUCCAAUAGAGAUCUCAGGGCUCUUAAGCAGAUUUUGGACUCCAUGCAAGCAAAAGGGCUUCUGGAAACCAAUAGAAACAAAGCUCCAGCUGCGGAUGAAGAGAAAUUGAGAUCGACGAAUGCCCAAAGUGCGCAAAUUUCUCAUUCAUCCCCUGCAUUAACAAAAAAAAACAUCAGUCCAAGAACUUUCAACUCUCCUAUUGUAAUCAUGAAGCCUGCAAAGUCCAUCAACCUAUCAAGUGCUUUUGCUGCUUCAAUUAUUCCAGGAGAAGCCUUGCCAGGUCUUCCACAGCUACGAACAAGAGAUCAAAUCAAUAAGAGUCAAACCUCUAUCAAUAAGAAGAAGGUAAAAGAUCUUACCCCAAAGGUCAGCCCACGAGUUUUUCCUCCUCACCCUGCUUCGUCAACAGAUAAGAAGUGCAUUGGUAAAAAUGAAGAAAAUGGUUCACAAAAUUACCGUCUAAAAAGGAUGCCGACCUCGUCUAGGCAACAGCAGUCGCCAAGAGAAAAUAAUGGAAAUUUGGAGAAAUAUCCAAGUUCGACAAGCCCAAGGUUACAGCAGAAGAAACUUGAUGCCGGUAGGAGAUCACGAUCUCCUAUUCCUUCUUCUGAAUCAAACAAGUCACAAAAGCAAUCUAGUAAUAGAAACACUACGGAUUCCGUUUCUCCAAGAAACAAACUAAGAAGAAGACCAGCUCAAGCACAAGAGUGCGACGAUGACCAAUUGAGUGAGACAAGUGGAACGAGGAGCCUGAGAUCAGACAGUAACAUUAGCUUAGCCUCGCAGGUGGAUGUAGAGGUAACAAGUGCUGACAAGUCUAAAGAAAUGAACAUCUCUUUUGUUCAACAAGGAAGUCGCAGUCCAUCAGGUAGGAAGGCACGGAAAGCAGCUGCAGUCUUAAAAAAUAAGAAAUCAAUGAGUUGUUCGAAUGAGGAUGCGUUAACGAUAGAGCUUGCAACUGUUCCUGUGGAACAGCCAAGUCCAGUCCCUGUCCUAGAUGUCGCGCAUAACCAGGAAGACUCGACGUUUCCUUCCGAAGACAACACAGCAAAUGCCAAUAUAGAUGACAAGGUCAAAACUUCAGACAACAGGAAACUGGAGGACAAACCCGAGACUCCACUACAGAAGUCCAGACCCAGUUCUGAAUUCACUGACAGAAAGCUAAAGAACAUUGAGAACUUACUUCAAAAGCUCACACAACUGAGCUCGACUGACAAUAAAGACCCCGCCACCGAUCACAUAGCCUCAUUGUGUGAAACACAGAGCCCAGACCACCGCUACGUGUCAGAGAUACUAAUAGCUUCAGGUCUUCUGAUGAAAGACCUAAGCUCUGCCCCAAUUCAGCUCCACCCCUCAGGCUACCCAAUAAACCCUGAUCUCUUCCUUGUCUUGGAGCAAACAAAGUCAAGCUCGCUUUUCAAACCUGAUAACAUCCGCGAGAGCAGGAAACAAAGAAAGACUGAUCUAGAUAAACUGCGAAGAAAGCUCGUGUUUGACUCGGUGAAUGAGCUUUUGAUUCAGAAGUUACAAUUAACAAGCCCCAGCCCUCUACCUGAAAUAUUCUAUCGCACUAAAAGGAUUAGCAACAAGUUUCCUAAUGGACAACGCCUACUAAAAGAAUUGUGUUCCGAGAUUGAAGGGAUUAAGACAGAUGGCGGCAGCUGCAAUGAUGACAGUAAUUUGAUAGCAAAUGAGGCCGUAAUGAUGCAGUCAGAAGGAUGGACAGAUUUUAGUAAAGAGGUUCCAUGGGUAGUACUGGAGAUUGAGAGAUCAAUAUUUAAGGAGCUAAUUGAUGAGGUUGUUUGCAAAGAGGCUGUGUAUGGUUCGCAAGGUAAGACGACCAGAUCAAAGAAGCAGCUUUUCACUUGAAUCCAACUAUCUUCUAUCUUUAAUGUUUUCUUUCACACAACAUGUAAGAGUGUUUCAAUCUAAGUUGGAAUAAUACCAUAUAUUUUGUGCA